UUUGAUCCAAACUAUAGGCUUCCGCUACGUUAGAGAGAAAUAAGGUAAAACGAUGGUGGUUCUGCGUUCAAGUUCAAAGGGAUUGUGCGGCACUUCUUCAUCUAACUCCUAUAGUUUGCGUUCCAAGGAUGUGUCUGAUGGCUCUAAACGUUUGUGUUCAAGGGUUGGUCGUAUCGGGCCUAAAGCUAAAGCGAAACCCAAGGAAUUCGAGUACACAUCCAAGAAACCCAGGGAACGUAAGUACACAUCCAAGGACGGUGAUGAUGUAUUAACGCCGUUGGCAAUCGAAGCCAUGAGGUUCUAUAACAAAAAAAAUGGUACAGAAUAUGAGCUGGUGGAGCCUGGUUGCAUUACAUCUGUGCUUGAUCUGACAUGCUUUUUUUACCAUAUCGACUUCAUCGCUAAGAAGGCUGAUGUUGCUGAUGCUCCAGAGGAAAUGUUUUUUUGCUGAACUGACAGCUACCAACAGCUACCAACAAGGAUAUUUUUGUCGAGGUUUGCAAAUGCAUGGGGCCAAAAAACUUAAUUUCAGGAGAUAAAAUCAAUGGCUGCUCUUUUUGCAACAUGUAUGGCAAUGUUCAGCAUCCUAAGGACAGAGGAUUUACGGCUGGAGACUUCUUUGAUUUUGAAGAAUGGAAGAAAAACUAUGAUUCCCCCCCAGCUUAUUGAUGGUGAAGAACAUAACAAUGUCAUUUGAAACUUAAUUUAGAGUUGGAGUAUGUUUGACGCAUGCAUAGUUGCCUUUUGAUAUUUGUGAAAACCAGGCCUGUCUUUUGGUAUGUAAAUAUUUAUCAGAACCCAUGUUUGAAUUGAAGGGUGUACAGUUUGGACAUACUUAAAAGUUUGUGAGCAACUUUUAAGGAUGACACUAAUUAUGGUUUGACUAUUAUUACCCUCCUAUGUUGUCUAUGCAUCCACCAGGUUUUUUAUUUGGUUGCUUUAUUCCCUAUCAAUGCCUUACUCUUUUCUGU